CUCUGUUUAAUGAUACUGAAGGGAAGAAUGAGCAGACAAGACCAGACUGUAGCAAUAAACAGUUGAAAGCAAAAUGAAGACCACUUUCUCCUUGUGUUUAUUGCUGGCUGGUUUGCAUACUGUUGCCCUGCGUCAUCAGCAUCCUCGCUACCGUAAUAAGCAGGGUGAUGCUAAAGGUACAUAUUAUCCAGGACAUAUUUCUCAGUGGGAAGAAGCUUCUCCACUUAAGAACAAAACCUUUGUCAAACUAGUUCUCAGCAAUGCUGACUUUGCAUUUUCCUUUUACAAGCUGGUUGCAUCUGAAGCAAUGGACAAAAAUAUUUUCUUUUCACCCAUAAGCAUCUCUGCUUCCUUUGCAAUGCUGGCACUUGGUGCCAAGGCUGUGACACUGACACAGAUUUUGGAAGGGCUUGCCUUUAACCUGAAAAAGACUCAGGAGCAGAAAAUACAUGAAGGUUUUUGCCAACUUCUCCACAUGCUGAACCGUUCAAAUAGUGAGUUCCAGCUGAGCCUGGGCAAUGCCCUUUUUAUAGAGGAGACACUAAAGCCACUACAGAAGUUUUUGGAUGAUGUCAAGAGCUUUUAUGAAUCUGAAGUCUUCUCUACUGACUUUAACAACUCUGUUGGUGCUGAGAGUCAGAUCAACAGUUAUAUUGAGGAAAAGACAAAUGGGAAAAUAGUUAAACUAGUGGAAAGUCUUGAUCCUCUGACUGCAAUGGUUCUCAUUAACUAUGUCUUCUUUAAAGCCCAUUGGGAGAAACCCUUCAGUAUGGCACAGACAAAAGAGGAGGACUUUUUUGUGGAUCAGAACACAUCUGUAAAAGUUGAUAUGAUGUAUCGAAAGGGUUACUACAGAAAUUACUUUGAUGAAGAGCUUUCCUGUUGGCUGGUUCAGAUACCUUACAAUGGAGAUGUUGCAGCAUUAUUUGUUUUGCCUGAUGAAGGGAAGAUGAAGCAGGUAGAAGAUGCCCUCUUGAAAAGAACUGUAACUAAAUGGGAAAAGUCCCUCCAAGACAGAAAAAUACACCUGCACAUUCCAAAAUUUUGUAUUUCUGGUACCUAUGAUGUGAAGAAUAUAGUGAAACAAAUGGGUAUGGUCAAUCUGUUUACUGAACAAGCUGAUCUCUCAGGGAUUACUGAGGAGCCUGGACUGAUGGUUUCAAAAGUGAUCCACAGAGCCAUGCUGAAUGUUCAUGAGAAUGGCACUGAGGCGGCCGCGGCCUCAGUGAAGGAGGUUACCUGGAGAUCUGGGGAUUUUCCUCGCCCACCUCGAGUCAGAUUCAACAGACCAUUUCUCCUGCUGAUUCUGGAUAAGUUCACCCACACUGUCCUCUUCAUUGGGAAAAUUGUAAACCCUCAGAAAAAUGGCUGAUUGACAAAACUUAUGCACAUCGCUGGCUCAAUUCCUGUGAUCCAGGGAAACACUUAUGUAUGCAACCCACUCUGUGCCAGUGCUCAUCUUUCAACCAUUAUCCUUAGAAACCUUAUUAAUCCCUUAAAACACAAAAACUGUAUUUCCUUGUCCAAAAGUCACUAGGAUUUCCCACAGCCUACACCUGAAUAUAGCUUGUAGUGUUAAUGAAAUACAAGUCACUUUUCACCAGUUUUGUAAGAAGCCCUUUCUGACGUGCUCCUGUGGGGUACCCAGUUGGUUCAAAGUCUCCAACUGAUGUAGGUAUUGCUGUACAGUCACAGGGUGUGCAUGUGAAAGGAGAAACAGGAAAAAUGAGGUGCAAGUUGUAAGUCCUGUCUGUUUAAUCCAGUAACCCCUGAUGAAUACCCUUAGAUGCAGAUUUCUUUAAUAUUGGAGUGCAUUUUCAUUAAUUUCUUUAAGUUUUGUAAGCAAGCAUGUUAUGAAACUGCAGGAUCAGUGACUGAAACAUUGGAGGACACCACCAGUAUAAAGGGCUGAUGAGUGCAGCUGUUUUAGCUUGCCUUCCCCUGUCUCCUCCUCAGCAGAAGCCUCCGCUUGGAGAAAAGAAAGCUGCUUUGAUGUACAGAUAAUUUUAAUUCUAUUAAGGAAGGAAUGCAUAGCAGAAAAAAGACUUUUGUUUUAUUCUACUAAUAUAACAAUUGUUGCUAAUGCCUUGAGAUAAAAGCCCGAUGGAGUAGUCCAUGACAUAGCACCGGUUUCCUUUUCAUAGAUUUGUUGUCACUGUCAUUUCUUGUUUCAACUGAUGCCACCUUCGGUAUUCACUUUCCAGCUAGACUUGACAGACUGUGGUAGAAAAAAGGAGGAAUGUAAAUUAUAACUCCAAAAAUCUUCCACUUCCUCAGUAGGAACUGCAGAGCUUUCCUAGGGACUGUUAAAUUGGUUAAAGCUAUCAUAAACACACAUAAAAAAUACAGAAAAUAUUUCAGAAGUCACUUUUCUAAAUGUUAGCAGUGGAUUACUAUUACAGAGUAAACACAGGCUGGGAAUUGACAUUUGUACCUUUUCUUACCUUAAGGUUCCUUGAAUCCAGUUGCAGUAGAUAAUUGUAUGGUUAUGAAUGAAAUAUAACUUCACUUACAAAGCAGUAAAUAUUUAAAUUAUUAUAUUAUCUUUUGCUUUAAAUUUUAAAUCAAAAUCUUUAGCACAUCUUAUUAAAAUAUAGACAGCCAAAGAAAGAAUGUAAAUUAUAGAUUGAUUAAAUCUUUUGUUACAGAUUAUCUCAAACUGGUAGAAAAAAUUAUAAAUUACAUUUUAGACCUUAGUUUCUUAAGAUGUCUGUGAAAAAUGUAACAUAAAAACUAUAGUGAAUAUUUCUAAACCAGAUUUUUUUUUUAAUUUGGAGAUCUUUAUUUUCUUUACAUUAAAUCACUGUUGUCAAUAUGAGUAAAUUGCAGCACAAGAAUACCAAUAAGGAAUAGAAAAAACAUUCCAUGUGUAUCUGCAGAGAGGUAACACCUGAUAUUAGCUUUUAAUUCCUCCUCAAAAUCACAUAAAUCAAUGACAAAAGCUUUUCACUCAUAACUGUACUUAGUAUGUUAUGUGUUUAGUAAUAAGUAGUUGGCUUCAUGCUUCUAAAUAUAUAAGGACUUGGUCUAGGUGAAAUACAGAUAAAUUUAUUCUACACAAGAUAAUUUAAAACUUCUUGCCAAAUCUCAGGACUAACUCAGGAUAAAUUGUCAAAGUUCAGCUUUGCAAUGACAAAUAACUCUGUAGGCAAAUAUCAAGAGACUAUGUUUGUUGUUCCUCAUGCACCUCAGAUCAAUAGUCUCUGUUUGUUAGUAGGAAAAAAUAUCUGAGUGCUACUUUGCCAACCACACGUCACUUUGAGAAGUAAUCUUGCCUCUUAACUAUUUGAAAGACAAAAAUGAAGCUGAUUUAAGAACUGGAUGACCAGAAAAUAUCUUGGUAAGGAAACAUCUUCAGACAGGUGUAGGAACCAUACAUGUCUUGCCUUGGUUUUGUUUCCAUUUUGACAAAAACCAGGGCAUGCCUCUCACUGCAAAUGUGCAGCAAAUUUGUGUAGUAAAUAACGAGCCCAAAAGGAUUGCACAACCCCCCACAAAAAUGUCAGCAUUAAGGUUGUCACAAACCCACUGCAGUCAUGGUUUGCUCAGGACAGUGUUUCUUCUUUCAGUCUGCUUCUUUUUUGCUUCUUCUUCCACGGGUUUUUAUUUCUUGGUUGGCUCUCUGGCUCUGAGUACUAUGAGCAAGAAACCUCACAGUAACCAGGGAAGGGCUUUUAUUCUAGCUAGCUGAGAGCUGCUGGUGCUGUUGCAUGAAGUACUGUGAUGGGCCAUUGCUGGAGGUUGGAGCUGGUGUGAUGAGCCACACGAGGGACAAAGUGCAGAGGACAUCUUCUAAUGUGUGUUGCAGGACUGCAUGCAACCAUGCACACGUGCAAGCUGCAGCCUCAGCACUGCCUGUGCAGGCCCUGAGGGAAAUCAGGGAUGGUAUGGAUCAAAGCAGUCUCUGCAAAGGCUGAAAGCAGUCUCCUCUUGUAGGUUAACAGCCAUAGAAAAAGAAUUGCCAACUUGGCAGAAACUUUGGAACAGCACACAUUGAAAUAAGGAGAAAAGGAAAACAAGCAGUGUGGAAAUAGAAGAAAAUUGUAUUUUUUGUCAUAUUUAGGAACCAGAAGUCUGGAAACAAAGGCUAAAAAUGUAAAUUAAGUGCUCAGAAACCCACGGUGGAAAUAGAUUUAACUGUUAUCUACAAAUUAUGUGAAAUUCAACAGACACUGGAAGAAAACUAGAGGCAUUUUUGAGUAGUGUUAAAGAUCAUAAAAGAAGGAACAAGUAAAAGCAGAAAACUAUAUAAGGCUUUAAAACUUGGAAACACUCAGAAUAAACAUUCUGUCCUUGUGUUAACUUUCCACUCCAAUGUCAUUUUGUGACACUUUCAUUUGCAUAGUCUUUUAUGUACUUCAGAGCAUAUAUAAGGCUUUAGACUUUUGACUCUCACAUGUCCUUGAGUCUCUGGCACUGGCUUCCUGGACUUUUUUCCCCAAGGCAAGGUCAUGUGUAGGAGCUGACCCUGUCACACAGCUGAUGUGGCAUAAACACUUAUUGCUCCUUCUUCCUAUUUUGGGAGUACAAGGGGCUCUCCCUGCACCAAGCCAUGUAGCAUUUACAGAGCACUGCAGCAGUUCCUUUCCUGAGACAUUUCUAUCUGUUCUAACUGCCAGCAAUUUCCACACCAUUAUCUGCUCAAAGACUGCUCCCUGCCAGGCUUAGUGAGGUGAUGGCUCCCUUUCUCUUUUUUACUUUGUACAUCUGGUACAGUAGGGUUAAACCCAGUCUUUAGUUCACGCUCCAACUAAUUUUAUUCACUGCUAUGAUUCAUAAGUGAAACUCAGACCUAUUGCAAUAUGAAAUUACUCACUUUUUGGCCAGUUUUUGGACAGUAUAACAUGGGGAUUCCUUAAAGAAAUACUUCAGUUUCUUUACUAGAAAGAAAUUACGAAAAAGAGAAGUCAAAAAACACAGCUGGGGUAAACACACAGUUUUAAUUUUUAUUUUUUUAGAAGGUGUAUUUUUUCUGUACUUGUAUUGCUGUGCAGAUGAAAGCACCAUAGAUGUACAUCUUAAUUUAAUUCAACACAGCAAGAUUAAAAGAGCAAGCUAGUUCAGAGGCAGUAAGAACAAUCAGAUAUAUCUUCUAUAUCUAUAUUUAAAAGCAAAAUCUGUUUAUCUAGUUUUUUCUUACUAACAUUGAUUUGCAAAAUGCUCUUCCCUUGAUGCCCCAAGAAGCCCAAGUCCAUUUUCUUUGCAAGGCACUCCAGCUGGAUGUGAUGGGUCUGCCUUGGAUGGAGGUGGAAUUUGGGUGGGGAAAGCUGAUGAACGGUCAAGAGAAAUUUAAGGGGAAAACAGCCUCUCUAAGCACUUCAGUAUUCAUGGAGCCUGGCAACACUGAACUGAUCACUGAGAUCUAAGUCCUAUAACUCAUUUCAGUGGGAAAAAUGAGGAAUUAUUUUUGCAACUCUGUGGAUUUUUUGGGUCUUCCAAUAUUUCUUUAGAAACUGCUUCAAAGAUAUUUUCAAAGAUAUUCAAAGAUAUCUUCAAAGAUUUUUUUUUUUCCUCAUUGUUUUCUCUCUGGUCUUUGAGUUCAUAGAUCUGAACAAGGAUAAAAUUAACCUGUGUAACAAAUAUUGAUGCCUUUCUUUCCAGAGGUGGGAAAUUUCGUUAUGCUUUCUCACUCAGAUAUUAAUUUCCUUUCUCAUUAUCUUGUAAGUGACAGCCAGCAAAUAAAAAGUCCACUGUGUGACUGGGUUUUAAUUUCAUAAACUAACCAAUCACUCCACUGAAUAGUAUCUCUCAAGAUCUGUAAAUUACCUACAUCUCCUGGAAAGCAGCAGUGUAGUCAAAACCUGACUUUACUGAAGGUAGGCACCAGCAAUUUUGGCUUUACAAGCACAUCUAGGCAAUAGCAGGUGACAAGAACAUUUAAUUUUCUCUUUUGAGUCUUUUUGUGAGGCCCUCUUUGGGGGGGAUGAGGAGAGGAGAUAAAGCAUCCAUGUGGAUUUGGCUUCACAAAGACCUCCCCUGAGAUAAAUGCAAGAGCAGAAGAUCCAUGGAAGUUUUCUCUCAAUUAAUGCUAGUAAGGUUCAGCUCAGAAAAUGCAAUGGCUUCUCUGCAAAUGACAGCCCAAAAGUCCCUGGAUCAUGAAAAAUAUGUAUGAUGCUGGAGCUGGAAGACACUGAAGAUCAGAGAACAGAACUGUUUGAUUGUAAAAAAUUCUAAUAAGGAACAUGUUUUUAUCAUGCAGUGGUUAAGUACUGGAAGAUGUGGUCCAGAGAGGUUGCAAAAACCCCUGCUUGGAGACAUGGACCUGAGAAACUUGAUGUUCUGUGCAAAGGGCUGGACUAGAUGGCCUCUGGGGGUUUCUUCCAUCCUGGAUUUUGAUUCUAAGAUUCUGCUGCACAGGCACAAAACCUGUGGGGAAAACACACUGGGACACUUUAUGAAGAUGUUUUCCUGGAAAGGAAAAUGCUUUAUAUAGAGGGACAGUUUUAGGAAUAUGUUUUAAUGUCUGAUUAUAAUCCCUGAGUUUUAAUGUUUCUCUGUUAUAUUGAUUAUAAGUUUGCUGCAAGAAGCCAUUGGACGCAGCUGGACAAAAGUCGAACAAGAUUUUAUUAUGAAGUGCAUACAUGUGUUUUGUUAGAGAAGCACAGGACAGCUCCCUUGUUUUUUCCUUUUAGCCUCUUUCUGGCACUUCCCGUUCCCUGCCCUGCACUAGGGAGGUCUGUUUCCAUUCCCUGGGCUGGGAUUCCUCAGCUGAAACCCCCCCCCAGGGGGACACUGCAUCAAUAACAUCCCUUUACACUUUUACUGUCCAACCUCUGUUUCUAUGAAAUUUGCCCACUUUCUUCACAGGAUGUUCACAAAGACCUCCUGAAUUUUGCUGGGAAGCACACUGAGGCUGCACUAGCUAGGACUGCUGAAUCUUGUCGUCUCACUACUCAGUGUUUAUCAUUGAUUACAGCUGUAGGUUGAGCUGUCUGUAGCAAAAAUCAUUGAUGAAACCUUGGCUCAGAGUUUUGAGUUUGUAAACCCAUGUAAGGCAUGAUGAACAUCAACAUCAUUGAAAACAAAAAAGUAUAGCUCAUAUUUUCAAAGUAUAAAGGAAGAUGCUGUGACCUUUAAUCCAUUAUUAUCUCUGUGCAGUCCUUAUGCUGUCUUAAGCAGCCUGUGUGCUGUACUCAGAGCUUUUUCACCCUGAAACAAUUUUACAUGUUAGAGGUAUUAGGGAUUAGGGUCUUGGCUGCACAGAUUUUGGUUUCUUGUGUGAUCCAAACUUUUGCUGUGAUUAAACAACAUGAAUAUGAAAUUUGUAGCUCGAAAAUAGCCUCUAUCAAACUCAAACUGAAGAACAUGUCAAUUUGCUUAGCUGAGACCUGGUUUUGUAUUGUACAGAGGAAAGUAGAGAAUGUAGAAGACAACUUCAAAUUCAAUUACACAAUACUAGAAGCAAAGAAGAAUUUCAAGGAGUGAUCUUUAUUUCAUAUGCAUGCAUGCAUCACUAGCCAGCUGUACAGACAGACAGUGUGCCAGCAACACACUGUCAGAUUAAGUUGGGCUAAUUAAACUUUAUUACUUUGUUAGGCACGGCUCAUUGAACAGCCACUGUGUAACUGCUUACAGAAAUUCAUCCGUGCUAACAGUCCAAGCCAAGUGAAAACAGGAGGGGAGAGUUUUCUUUAGUAUCAAUGACAAAAAUCAACAUGGUUGUCUCUCUUGAAAGGAUAAACACAAUACAUCAGAUCAGAAUGACUUUGCACGCAACCUGUGUUUGUAUUAUUAGAUCUAAGAGCAAAAUUAUGUUUCUUUCACAAGUGUGCUAACAAGAAAAAUGAAGCAGAUCACUGAGAGAUUUCAGUGCAUCCAGAGUAUAUGUUUGCAUGUCUUAUGCUGUUUUUAAAGUCUCUUGUAAACCAAUCAUUACUACUACUACUACUUAAAAAAAAAAAAUACAUAACUACUUAGGACCAGUAACACUUUCAUGGACAAACUUUCCACUAGCACAACUAGGGUUUUCAAAGUUAGAGUUUAAAAUUACACUCUUUUAUUAACAACAGGGCUCUUGGAUAAAAACAUGACUUGGCCAGCAAAUAUCAAACACCUUAACAUUUAUUCCAAACAUCUGCCAAAUCCAUGAAGUACAGGCUGAUUAUUAGGACAUUUUUUGUUUGGCCCAUAAACAUAGAUUUAAGAAAUCUGUUUCCACAUUUAAGAAGUUCACUUUCCACACAACACAGAAAACUCUGUAUUUGACACAUAAAUUCUGAUUCUUCUCAGACUCAAUAAAUAAAAUACAUAGACAGGAA